AUGGACAAGAGUUGGAUAACAAGGGACAUGCUUUCAAAAGAGUAUGAAGAGGGAGUUGACAACUUUAUUAAGCUAACCUUAGAAAAUUCAACGGAUCUUUCCAGAGUUCACUGUCCAUGUAGAAAAUGUUCAAAUUUGAAAAAAUUAGACAUAAUGGAGAUAAAGAGUCAUCUAUACUUUAACGGAAUGGACCAAACAUAUGUCAAGUGGAUUUGGCAUGGAGAAGAAGAUGAAUCUAACAAUAAUGUUCCCAAUGAAAGAAAGCAAUUUGAUCAAGUAUUUGAUGACCCUAUAGAGAUGGUGAGAGAUGCAGAUGAACGUUUUGUUGAUAAGCCUAAAGAAUUUUUGAAAUUCUUAGAAGAUGCAGAGAAACCAAUAUUCUCCGGGGCACCUUUGUCAAAAUUAGUUGUUUUAGUAAAACUAUACAACUUGAAAGUUGGUAGUAGUUGGAGUGACACAAGUUUCACAAAGUUAUUAACUUUAUUAAAAGAAAGUUUACGAAAAGACAAUGAAUUGCCUUCCUCGCUUUAUGAAGCGAAAAAAACAUUGUGCACAUUAGGAAUGGAGUAUAGCAAGAUUCACGCUUGUCCAAAUGAUUGUGUUCUAUAUCGAAAUCAAUAUGAGAGUGCAACUAAGUGCCCCGUUUAUACGUUUGUUUCGAAAUCUGAACAUGCCAAAAGUCUGCGAUGGAAUGAGGAUGGAAGGAUCAAAGUUGACAAAUUCCGCCAUCCAGCUGAUUCCCCAACUUGGAAAGAAGUGGAUGAACUAUGGCCUCAAAUAAGAAAGGAUCCUAGAAAUCAUCGACUUGGUCUUUCUGCUAAUGGCAUCAAUCCAUUAAGCAAUAUGAGCUCAUCUUACAGAUGUCUGAUAUGCGGUGAAAAAACAAGCGCCACAAGAUUAGAACAUUGUAGGAAGAUGUGUUAUAUGGGUCAUAGAAGGUUUCUACUAGAAAAAAAUUAUUACCGGAAGCAAAAAUUAGCAUUUAAUGGUGAGCAAGAGUUGCGAGAAGCGCCUACACCAAUGACUAGAGAAGCUGUCUACGAAGAGAUUCGUUUAAUAGAAAAUAAAUUUGGUAAGCCUGUGGAAAAGGUCGAUGAAAGUGUAGAGACAAAGGGGAAAAAGAAAGGCAAAUGUAAAACAAACAUCAAACGAAAGCGCAAUAAGAAAGAUCAACUAGCGGAAGAUUCAAAGAAUAAUACAUGUUGGAAGAAGAGUAAAUUUUCUUUGAAUUGGAAUAUUGGAGACAUUUGUUAG